AUAAUAGUAAAUAAACUUCAAGUACCAACAAAUUGAAAACACAAUUUCACUUUUGCUAAUGUUACAAACAAAACAUAACAUACAUGUCACAGUAGCAAAGUCCUAUUAAUUAUAUUUUCAUAAUAUCUUUUUAUUCCAUCUAACUAUCAACUACUAACCCCUCAUUAACUACCUAAUCUAGUAUCAGCCAAUAAAAAUGGUUUAAGAACCUCCUUAAACAAUGAGGUUUAAGGACCGGAUCCAACCCGAAAUAAAAGAGAAAGGAAAGCUCGCCCAACAACACGGCCAACGCGAGGGAUGGUUGUGCGCGGCACGAGCGCCUGGUUGUGGUGACUCGUGUGGAUACCUGAAGACUUCGGGUGAGUGAGUUUUUUUUAUAACCCAACAACAUCCCCACAAAUACCGCUUGAGCAAUACAAAGCGAGACCAAAAAUGAGAAUUCACCUAUUUAAAUUUUUCGGACCCUCCACUAAGAUCCAUAUUAAAUGUCUCAGAGUAGGGGUGUGCGUUCGGUCGGUUCGAUUUAAACCGAACCGAAUUAGGACAUGCCGAAUUUCCGAUUUUUCCUGCACCCCAACCGAAUUCAAACCGAGCUAUAAUUCGGUUCGGUUUGGUUUAACUGCCCAAAACUGAAAUUCAUAACUGCUGCCAAAUUUUUGCCUGCUGCCUUCUGGUCUGGUUCGCUGGAACUGGAAAUUUUUUGCCUGCUGCCUUCGGAGUUGGAGUGUAGGAGUAGAGGAGGCGAGUGUCGAGUGAUGGCAGUCGGAGUCAGCAGAAGAUUCUGUGCGGCUGGAGGAGACUUGGCGGCCGGCAGGUGCUUGCCUGGGUCUGGGUGGGAUUGUGGGAGCCUGGGAGGCGGAGGCCGGUGGGUCUGUGUCGGCGGGUGCUCGCCGAGGGUGAGGAUCGCAUCGAGAGGGAGAAGAAGCUGCUUCUCAUGGUCGGGCCGUCGACGUCGCGGGGCUCGGGCAGUGGAGGAGGUCGGAGGAGACGAAGUCGCAGUCGGCAGUGCCUGCGUCGGCUGCUUCCCUUUCCGGCUUUCCCUUUGCGGAUUCGUCUAGGGUUAGGAGUCGUAGUCUCACAGGAGCCAGAGAGUGAGACGAUCGAUUUGUUGAAGACUUGAAGAGGCCCCCAUUGGCCAGACGUAGCAGACGGCAGCAAGGAGCAGGCUCAGGCCACAGACAGAAGCCCAAUCCAAUUUGUUGGACUGGGGCGGAGUGAGCUGAAAAAAGAAGGAUGGGCCGCGAGCAUUGGGCUGGGAUUCGGGCAGGUGGGUUGUAUUUUCGGAAUUCGGUCGGUUUUUCGGAAUUUCGGUUCGGUUCAAACAAACUUGAGUUCUGAAA